CACACAGGAAGCAUUUCAUUAGAGCAGUGGCCUGGUGUGACUGACUGCCAGACUGGGAGAGACUGUGGGAUGGACUAGCCUCGGGGGAGCCCCAGGGCCUCUCGAGGUCUGGCACCCCUCGCCUGGCGACUCCCCGUGUGCUCUGGGGCUGUGAAAUCCACUCACGAGGAAUCAGUGACUUUCAAGGAUGUGGCUGUGGAAUUCUCUCGGGAGGAGUGGGUACAACUGAACCCAUCUCAGAAAAAGUUGUACAAAGAUGUGAUGCUGGAGAACUAUAGGAACUUGGUCUUUUUGGGAUUUGCAGUUUCCAGACCAGAUGUGAUCUACCAAUUGGAAAAAAAGGAAACAUCUUGGAUGCCAGAGCCAGAUAUUCCAAGAAGCAGCUGUCUAGAGAGCAGAGAGUUUACUGGACAUAAACCUCUUGAAUGUAAUGAAUGUGGGAAGGCCUUCACUUGCAAGACAAAUCUUACUCGACAUCAGAUAAUUCAUGCUGGAGAGGAACCUUAUGAAUGUAGUGAAUGGUAUCAGAGAAUUCAUAUUGGAGAGAAACUUUAUGAAUGUAGGGAAUGUGGAAAGGCCUUCAGGACUAACUUACAACUUCAAGUGCAUCAGAGAGUUCAUACUGGAAAGAAACCUUAUGAAUGA